AUGUGCAAGGACCAAUCUGAUGAGUUAAUCUUCUUCAUUAACGGCAGGAAGAUUGUUGAGAAGAAUGCAGAUCCUGAAGUUAUGCUGUUGACUUACUUAAGAAAGAAAGUUCGGCUCACAGGGGUGAAGUAUGGGUGUGGAGGGGGAGGCUGCGGAGCAUGCACUGUGAUGAUCUCCCGAUACGACACCCUCCAAAGCAGGGUCCUUCAUUUCUCUGUCAAUGCCUGUCUGCUGCCCAUCGUUUCACUGCAUGGCGCUGCCGUGACGACUGUGGAAGGGGUAGGGAGCACCAAGACCAAGCUCCACCCCGUGCAGGAGCGCAUUGCGAAGGCUCAUGGGUCGCAGUGUGGUUUCUGCACCCCUGGCAUGGUGAUGUCCAUGUACACCCUGCUGAGGAACAUUCCAGAACCCUCCAUCGAGGAUAUCAGGGAGGCUCUCACAGGUAACCUGUGUCGCUGUACAGGAUACAGGCCCAUCAUAGAUGGCUUUAAGACCUUCUGUGGAACUUCAAAGUGCUGUCAGAAUGGAAAUGACACCAAGAAAUGCUGUUUGGAUCAAGAGCCUGAGCUGAAACAGGAGGACAAUGAGAUCUCUAGCGAAUUGUUCAAGAUGGAUGAUUUCUUACCACUGGAUCCCACACAAGACCUAAUUUUCCCUCCUGAGCUGAUGCUGCUGGCGCGCCAGCAGGGGAGUAGCAGGCUGGUGUUCCAGGGGGAGAGGCUCCGCUGGAUUUCUCCAGGGAGUCUGGCUGAGCUUCUGGAGCUGAAGGCACAGCACCCCAACGCACCCUUGGUUAUCGGGAACACCACUGUAGGGCCGAAUAUGAAGCUGAAAGGAGUGUCCCACCCUCUGAUCAUCGCCCCCACAGGGAUUGUGGAGCUGAGUGUUGUGAAGAUCUUGGAGGAUGGGAUCUCGUUUGGCGCGGGGUGCAGCCUGUCUGUGAUGAAGGACGAGCUGAAGCGUGUCGUGUCCGAGCUGUCAGAGGAGAAGGCGGAGGUUUACCGAGCGCUGCUGCAGACACUGAGCUGCCUUGCAGGGAAACAGAUCCGCAAUAUGGCCACACUGGGGGGAAACAUCUUGAGUGCAAAUCCCAAAUAUGACCUCAGCAGCAUCCUGUCAGCUGGGGGCUGCACUCUCACCCUCGCUUCGAAAGGUGGCCUGAGGGAGAUCAAUUUAAAUGAGGAGUUCUUUACUGAGUUUGAAAAGACUGCCAUCAGACCCGAUGAAGUGCUGCUGUCUGUACACAUUCCUAACUCCAGACAGUGGGAGUUCAUGUCUGCAUUCCGACAGGCCCAGCGCCGGGAGUUUGCCUUUUCCAUUGUGAACUCGGGAAUGAAGGUAGUCUUCAAAGAGGGCACAAAUGUGGUAGAUGAUAUCCGGAUCUUCUUUGGAGGUGUGGGUCCCACCAUGGUCCGGACUAAACACUUGUGCCAGGAGCUGGUGGGAAGGCCCUGGAACGAGGAGCUGCUGACGGAGGCGUGUCGGGUGCUCCUGGAUGAAAUCCCCCUGCAGGCCUCUGCGCAUGGUGGAAUGGUCAAGUUCAAGAAGACACUGACCCUCAGCUUCUUCUUCAAAUUCUACCUACAUGUGCUGCAGAGACUGAGGGCAAAGGGCCUGUGUGUUGAUGAGCUCCCUCCUGAAUACCUGAGUGCUUUGAAGUCCUUCAGGAAUGAGGUGCCCCAGGGGCAGCAAAGAUAUCAGGCCGUUUCAGCUGGCCAGUUCUCUGACGAUCCGAUUGGACGGCCCUAUGUGCACCAAUCAGCUUUCAAACAGGCGACAGGAGAAGCGGUUUACUAUGACGACCUGCCCAGUAUAGAGGGGGAGCUCUUCCUGGUCCCAGUGACUAGCUCCAAGCCUCACGCCAAGAUCAUCUCCAUUGAUGCAGCCACAGCUCUGAGCAUGCCUGGAGUGGCAGCAUUCAUCUCUGCCUCUGACGUUCCCGGGAACAACCGGAGAGCCUGGUUCGGUGACAUCGAGGAACUCUUUGUGGAGGAGAAGGUGACUUGCGUGGGACAGAUCAUUGGCGCCAUUGUUGCUGACACUCGGGAGAACGCGCGGCGAGCGGUGGAGUGUGUCAAAGUGAUCUACAAGGACCUGACCCCGGUCCUUUUCACAAUCGAGGAAGCUAUUGAGCAGCAAUCCUUUUACAACCCUCAGAGGAAACUGGAGCGAGGGAGUGUGGAUGGGGCCUGGGAGAGCGUGGAUCAUAUUCUUGAAGGAGAGAUCUACAUGGGCGGGCAGGAGCAUUUCUACAUGGAGACACAGGGCCUGAUAGCUGUCCCCAAGGGGGAGGACGGGGAGAUGGAGCUGUUUGCAGCAACUCAGCAUGCAGCUUUCACACAGGAGGUCGUUGCUACCACUUUGGGGGUUGAGGCCAAUAAGAUCACAUGUCAUGUGAAAAGGCUUGGUGGGGGCUUCGGGGGGAAAGUCAUGAAGAUUGCAUCUCUGUCAGCGAUCGCAGCAACAGCAGCUCACAAGACUGGCCGCUCAGUGCGUCUUGUGCUGGACCGAGGAGACGACAUGCUAAUCACUGGCGGCAGACACCCCUUCCUGGGCAGAUACAAGGUGGGCUUUAUGAAGGAUGGAACGAUCGUCGCAGCAGAUAUAAUUUACUACAGCAAUGGAGGAAACACCUUGGAUGAGUCUUCAUUUAUCAUGGAGAAGGCUCUGCUGCACAUGGACAAUGGCUACCGAAUCCCUCACCUCCGUGGCAGGGGUUUUGUCUGCAGGACCAACCUGCCCUCAAACACCUCUUUCAGGGGCUUUGGGGGGCCACAGGGGCUCAUGGUCAUCGAGAGCGUCCUGCAUGAAGUGGCAGCCAAAUGUGGCAUUCCUGCCGAGAGGGUGCAGGACAUAAACAUGUGCAGAGAGGAGAGCCUAACCCACCACAAGCAGCUAUUUGACCCAAGGGACAUGGUGCGCUGCUGGGAGCAGUGUCUGCAGCAGGCCUGCGUCGAGAAUCGCCGGCUCGCCAUCCAGGAGUUCAACAAGAACAACCGUUGGAGGAAGAGGGGACUCUGCACCGUGCCGCUUAAAUUCGGGGUUGGCUUCUCCAAGGGAUUCUAUAACCAGGGGGCUGCCCUGAUUAACAUCUACAAGGACGGGUCAGUGCUGCUGACUCACGGAGGCACAGAGAUGGGGCAGGGGAUCAACACUAAGGCCAUUCAGGUUGCUAGUCGAAUCCUGAAGAUCCCCAUGUCCUUGAUUCACAUCACAGAGACCUGCACUGGUAACGUGCCCAACGCUGCUCCCUCCGCUGCCUCCUUCGGGACCGAUGCAGUGGGGAUGGCUGUUAAGGAUGCCUGUGAGAAGAUGAUGAAGCGAUUGAAGCCCAUUAUGCAGGAAAACCCCACGGACUCAUGGGCUGCCUGGAUUAAAGAGGCCUACUGCCAGAAAGUCAGUUUGUCAGCAACCGGAUUCUUCAUGGGGCCACAUACGAAUGUUGACUGGGAGAAAGGGGAGGGGAUGCCUUACUACUACUUCACCUUUGGAGCCUGCUGCUCUGAGGUAGAGGUCGACUGUCUGACAGGAGAUCACAAGAACAUAAGAACGGACAUCGUGAUGGAUGUUGGCCAGAGUCUCAACCCAGCUCUGGAUAUUGGGCAGAUCGAAGGGGGAUUUGUCCAGGGGCUGGGUCUCUACACCACUGAGGAGCUCCAGUUCUCCCCCGAGGGGGUCCUCCGGACGCGGGGUCUGUCCCAGUACAAGGUCCCUGCGCUCUGUGAUGUCCCCUCGCAGCUCAACGUGUCCCUGCUGGCCAACGCUCACAACCCUCAUGCCAUCUACUUCUCAAAGGGGAUUGGAGAGCCCACAGUGUUUUUCGGCUGCACACUGUUUUAUGCCAUUAAGGAAGCGAUCGCUGCAGCCCGCAAGGACAGUGGCUUGAGUGGGAGCUUCCCUCUUAGCAGCCCUGCCACUCCAGAGAAGAUCCGUCUGGCUUGUGUGGAUCGGUUCACUCAGAUGGUGCCUGCAGUGGAGCCGGGCUCCUUCACUCCAUGGACCAUCAGAGUGUGACCCAGAAGCAGUGUGAAGAUACAGAGCCUGUGCAGGGGACUGGAGCGCUCCCCUGAUCCCUAUCCCAACAUCCUUUUUUACAGAUCUGCACCUGUCUGUCCUAUUCACGACAUAUUCUUUGUCUUUAGUCUGUUACCACUUACUAAAAAAAUAACUUGAUACUUACUUGAUAAUUACUACAGAUUACAUGCUGUUUCUGGGAAUUACUUUUUCAAAUGUAUUAUUACAAGAGUUAAUAUCCUAGCUAUUACAUGAUACAUCAUUGAUUAUGCAGU